AUGGACGAUGGAAAGGAGGUGAUUGCAAAACUCCCGAAUCCCAACGCUGGGCCUCAAUACUUUACCACGGCUAGUGAGGUGGCAACGAUGGACUAUGUUCGUAAUGUACUCAAUAUUCCAGCCCCGGUGGUCUACGCUUCGAGCUCCUCUACUCGAGAGAUUGCAGCUGAGUAUAUUAUAAUGGAGAAGAGCCCGGGAGUGGAACUUAGCAAGAUGUGGGAUGAUAUAUCGGGUCCUGAAAAACUUCAGAUUGUUCAACAACUCGUUGAGUUUGAGAAGGCACUUGUCUCCACUCGAUUUCCUAUAUAUGGAAGCCUCUAUUAUGCAAAGGACUUGCCAGGAGUUCAAUCAACUCAGAUGAUUGACCUUGGAACUAAGAACAACAGUGGAUUGGAUUUUGCGGUUGGUCCGACAACAAAUCGAACGUUUUUCGAUGAUGGCAGAGAUGCAGUUAAUGCAGGUGUGCCCCAAGGGCCUUGGGCAUCUAUUGAGGAUUACUUUUUUGCUCGCGCCCACCGUGAACUUGCUUGUUUGCAGACUUUUACCCAUUUCCCUCGUCAGCGAGGACUAUUUUACGGGCCUGGCCAAUAUCAGCCUACUGCGCAGCGUAAACAAAAGACACUGAGGAAUUACCUUAAGGUUGCUAAAUUUUUAUCACCGAAAGAUCAAGAAAUAUCCAAGCCCGCUCUAUGGCACCCUGACUUGCAUGGAGAUAACAUAUUCGUGAACCCAGAUCAGCCAACAGAAAUUCUCUCCAUUAUUGAUUGGCAGGCUGUGAACCUGUCACCUCUAUUUCUUCAAGCUCAUCAUCCAGCCCUUAUUAAAUUUGAGGGACCCAUUCCUGAGGGGCUGCAAUCAAUCAGUCUACCUGAGAAUUUCAAUGAGCUCAGCGUGGAAGAGCAGCUCGGAGCGAAGAAGCUUCGUGCUGCCCAGUCUCUCUACAAGCUUUAUGAUAUCAAGAUGAUCCAGCACUGCCCUGAGACUGCAGCCGCAUUGAAGUUCAGAGAUUCACUUGCUGGCCAAAUCACAGGUCUUUCGGGCUCACUUUUCAGUGACGGUGAACCAAUUGUUCAAGGCAUGCUCAUAAAACUACAGGAAGAAUGGACAACUUAUGUAGGAUCAUCCGUCCCAUGUCCACUCUCUUUUACAGAGGAAGAUAAACAAAAGCAAAAGGACGACGAGAGAAAGUGGGCAAGUGGAGUUGUACUAAUGGAGGAGUUCCUUGAUCAAGUUGGUGUAUACAGAGGAUGGGAUGGUUGGGUGAACCACAGUAGCUACGAGCACUAUAAAGUGCGUUUGGAAGAGUGCCGACAUGAAUUCUUGAAUUCUCAAUGCACUACAAGUGAAGAGAGAAGCCAGUGGGAAACGGUAUGGCCAUUCAUAGACGGCCAGAAACCAUCUUAA